UCUUGAGAACAUCGAAGAUGCCAUCCCUGAAGAUCGGAGACACAUUUCAAUUUCCUGUCAGAGUUAUUGAAGAUUGUAACUAUGCUGUGAAAGCAGUUCUUUCAUCUGGUAAAGCACCAGUGUUUCAGAAUCUACCUGCUGUGAUAUCUGUUCCAAGAAACACUACUAAGGGGACAUUGGUGUUUAGUAUAAAAGCACGUGAUGAUGACAGACAGGACAAAAUCUUCUUCCAGUUCAUAGAAUUUUCCAAGGAGAAUAUUUCAUUCUAUUUGGAUUCUGAAAGUGGUGGGAUAUACUUGAAUUCCAGUAUUCCAGAUAUUGAUUUAUUUAAACUGAAACUCCGAGUUUCUGAUACUUGUGGCAUGUAUUCUGACAGCAUUUUAGACAUUAGAUUUAAACAAAACAAACUGAGCAGUAUAUCGUCAUUACAAGAGCACUUCCAGUUUUACAAUUUACCAUUCCAUAUCGAUGUGAGAGAGGACACAAGCCAGCAGAUGCUUCUGCGACAGUUCAACGUCAGUCAUUCGGUGGGCGAAAGAAAAAUAUCCUGUUCUUUAAGCAAUGGAACUACACGGAACAAUUUAUUUCUUCUCAAACAAACAUUUCCAUUUAUAAACACAUAUGAACUUUAUUUGCAAGCCAAAGCCAAGUUAUUGUAUACACAAUCCACUUCACAUGUAGCAGUUAUAACCUGUUUUGAUGGUCACCAAAGGAUUCAGUCGUCCCUUACAAUGCAUCUGGUUAAGAACAAUGCUCCAGUUGUACAUAAUUUACCUGCAUCAAUAUCCAUUUCUGCAAAAGACACCAAAAUAGGAAGCCAAAUAUAUUUUGUGAAUGCAACUGAUGAGGAGGAAGAUUCUUUGAUAAUUUCGAUGUCCUGUCCAAAGAAACACUGUCCUUUUCAAAUGUCAACAUCUGGGACAAUUUCAUCAGUUCGUGCCCUACUAGCAGAAACUUCACCAAUAUUUGACCUUAAGAUUUUCGUAUCGGAUCAUUAUAACCAAGAAGGACCAUUCAUUUUAACUGUACUUCUUACAGACCUGAACAAUCCACCAACAAUCUCACCAAAUGAAGCCAGUCUCUAUGUGAAAGAGAACACGGCUAAUGAGGAAAUGAUCUUCCAACUGCAAGGUUCAGAUUUUGAUGGUGACCAAUUGACUUAUCACUGGAGAUUUCAGUCUGAAUCAGGAUCCAUGUAUUUUAGCUUAAGUAAAUCUGGAGAAAUAACAGUGAGUUCUAAGCUGGAUUUCGAGAGUAUGUCAUCUCGUGAUUUCAAUGUUACAGCUUGGGCCAAUGAUGGUAUAUCAGAAUCGAACCCAGUAAAACUUUGUAUCAAAGUGGUCGACAUCAACGAACCACCCCAGUUCUCCUCAACUAACUAUUCACUUUCUGUAUAUGAGAAUUCGGCUGGAGUUGCUGUAAUCCCAAAUACGAUGUUUCAAGUCUCUGAUCCAGAUCACUCAGACGAAAUAACUUUCAAAAUUUCGGGUGGACAGCAUGCGUUAAACUUCAAAAUUGACCCUGAUUCUGGAGAGGUCAGUUUUGCUGUGGACUACGAUGUCCGAAUCAUGCCAUCGCAUGUAUUAUUAAACAUCACUGCUAUAGACAAGCCUGGUUUAAACUGCACUGCUCAAGUGGACCUAAACAUCGAACCUUUGAACUGGAAACCUUAUCUUAACAAUUUACCAUGGAAACAGACAGUUCCUGAGAACAGUAACUUCAGUGGACGUCCACUCUAUAUUGUCACUUCUUUCGAUGCUGAUAAAAUGGACCCAGUUUAUUUCCGGGCAUCGUUUUACCCUUCGACUGGUGCAAGUAAAUUCUAUCUGAAUUAUUCCUCUGGGGCUGUAUCCCUUAUAACGGGAGAAAAAUUGGAUUUUGAAACCGAGCCUCGAGAAUACACGUUGGAAGUUAUUGUGAACGACGGUUCUGUCGACUCGAGAGCAGCUAAUCUAUCAAUCAAUGUCAUUGAUGUCAACGAAGCUCCAGCAUUUAAACAUGAUGUGUACUAUGCAGAAACAACUGAACCAAAGAAAGGUUUGGUAUUAAUGAAAUCAUCUGCAUUUGAAGUGAGUGAUCCAGAUUUCAACGAUGAGUACAACUUCACGGUGGAACCAGGAAAUUACAGCAGUUUCUUCAAAUUCGAUCCUCUCACCAAUGAUCUCAUCACAACUCUCGACUAUAAUUCCCAUAUAGUACCACAUCAUGUGAUGCUUACCAUCUCGGUCAAUGACCGUGGUGGUUUGUCGGACACUGCAACGGUUGACAUAUCAAUCAUAUCAUUGAAUAAAGCUCCAGUGGUUACAGGACUUCCCUUGUCAUUGAUGGUAUCAGAGAACACACCUAACAAUACUGAGAUAUAUAAAAUCAAGGCUGUGGAUCCCGAUGCUGAAGAUACGGUGUUUUACCAAAUUGAUUAUUUGACAGUUGGAGCUUCAUCCAAGUUCUUCUUUAAUCAGUCCACUGGAGCAGUCCAUGUGUCAGGAAAUCUAGAUUAUGAAAUGAUGACAGCAAAGGAGUUUACAGUUCGUUUGACAGCGAGUGAUGGCCAUUUAAAUUCUCCGUCAUAUAACCUGACCAUUGUCAUCACAGACUCCAAUGAACCACCAUAUUUUACGUCACAGAUUUUCUACGUAAAAACUCUUGAAGCAAAGGAAAGAACGGUGUUUACAAACAUUAUUCCUUUGAAUACGAUAGAACCUGACCAAGGAGACAUCACUCAGUAUAAAAUUAGCAAAGGUUCGAAUCACAGUCUAUUUGCAAUUAAUAGUACAACAGGUGAACUGUACUUUGCCGUCAAUUACAGUACUACCACGAUGCCAAAGGUUAGCUCAAUCAAUGUCACAGCAUAUGAUUCGUCAGGAUUGAGCAGCACGGCCAGGGUGGAUAUUGAUGUGAAGGCUAUGAACCGGGUACCAAAGAUAAUCAACUUACCACAGACUGUCUAUGUUAAAGAAGAAACAAAACCAGGUACAGAAUUGUUUCAGGUAGAUGUAUAUGAUGCUGACAAGGAUGCUGUGUCGUUCAACUUCAUCUAUUUCCCACCUCAAGGAGCUGUGUGGUUUACAUUUGAUGAUAAAAGUAGAAAGCUAUUUACAGCGGCUGACCAAAUGCUUAACUACGAAGCUAUGUCUGAUGUUAGCUUUAUACUUUCUGUAUCUGUGAACGAUGGCAAGUCCCAUUCAGAUUUCUCCAAUCUUACCUUGCAAAUUGUUGAUGUAAACGAAGCUCCACACUUCUAUUCUCGCCUGUAUUUUAUUGAUGUUGUUGAAAGCAAGGGUGGAACUGUGUUGCCGAUGUAUGUACAAUUUAAAGUAAUUGAUCCGGACAUCAAUGACACCUACCACUUCAGUAUGAUGAGUUCAGAUAACAGCAGCUGGUUUUCUAUAGAUCCAAUCACUGGAAAUAUAAGUUUUGCUAUCGAUUAUAAUGUCAGACUCCACCCUUCAAAUAUAUUUCUGGUUGUUGCUGUGAAAGACAGGCAUAAUCUGCAGGACACCACUUUGGUCAAUGUUACAGUUCAUUCAAUUAAUAAUGCACCACGGAUUGUUCACCUACCACCAGUCAUUUCUUUACCAGAAAACCAUCCAGCAGAAAUGGAGGUUCUUGCAAUACAAGUCCAGGACAAUGAUCCUUGGGAUGAAUUUCUUUACAAAAUCAAAAUUUCACCCGUGGAUGGAAUAACGAGAUUUUACUUGAACCAGACGAGUGGCUUUUUGUAUUUAUCAUCUGGACAUAAACUUGAUUAUGAGACAGCUCCUUUCAAAAACUAUAGUCUAGUUAUUGUUGUCUCAGACGGUCACGUUGACUCAAAACCAUGCAAUCUGACCAUUGAAAUCAUAGAUGUCAAUGAAGCUCCUGAGUUUACAGAGAGUAUCUAUUACAUAAGCGCCAACGAGGGAUCGCCAGGGACUGUUCUUCAAGAAAGCCACGUGGUGCAAGCCUUUGAUGAAGAUGCUGAUGAUGCCAUCGUCUACAGCAUAGGUUCAAAGGACGGCAAUGCCACAAUGUUCAGCAUCAACCGAACCUCGGGUCUUCUCAGUUUCGCUGUCAACUACGACUGUACCAUGAUGCCCCACUACAUCACCUUAUGGGUUCUGGCCAAAGACACUAAGGGCUUGGUGGGUCGAGCUGAAGUGAGGAUCUUGGUCAGUCACUUGAACCGGAUCCCGAAGGUGAAGAAUCUUCCAGCUUUGAUAACAGUCCCAGAGAAUAUCAGUCCACGUCUGCUCUAUACGUUACUCCUUCACGAUCCGGACCCAAAUGAUCCAGCUUUCUUUGUAGCCACCUUUACUCCGGCUUUCGGAAUGGAAACAUUUCAUGUUGAUACUGGAAGUGGUGCUGUCACUUUAAAAGAAGGACAAAAGUUGAAUUAUGAGUUCUGCGACAUGUAUGUGAUAACGAUCACUGUAUAUGAUGGCCACAAUCAUUCAGUUCCCGAAAACUUUACCAUUAUCAUAGAAAAUAUCAACGAGGCCCCUUAUUUCCUGAUGUCACGUUAUUACAUUACGGCUCCAGAAGGCUCUGCUGCGACUUUACUACCGGAUCCUUCACUGGAGGUUCAAGACCCAGACAGGAAUGAUUCUGUGACUUUUUCAUUGGCGGGUAACAAAUACAGUCAGAGAUUUGCCAUCCACCUCAAUACGGGUAUCUUAAGCUAUGCCGUUGAUUAUGACGUUGACAGAAAUGCUAUGCCCAGCAUUGAGACCAUCAAAAUAUAUGCGACAGACAAAGGAGGUUUGCAAGCUGCGACUGAAAUUCAAAUCCGCAUCACUGAUGUCAAUGACAAUGCACCAGUUUUCAACCAAUCAAGUUACACGAUUUUUGUACAGAUCACGGAUCCAGUCGGCUCCCGAUACCUUACGGUUCAUGCGACAGAUUUUGAUCAGAAACGCAAUGCAGAGAUACAGUAUGCUAUGGACGAUUUUAAAAACCUAAAAUAUUUUGGGAUUAGUGAAACUGGAGAUGUAUAUCUAAAGAAUCCUUUGAGAUAUGAUAACUCUGGGGACAUGAGGUUUUUGAUAAUGGCUACAGACAAAGGGAUCCCUGCUCUGUCGUCUGUGGCCAUGCUGACCGUCAUUCUUCAGGAACUUCCGAGUAAUGUCACAUUUUAUAUGGAGAGGGGCAAUGAAUCAAUGACCCCGCAAAUGAUGGUGGAGAGAGCAGGUCAAACGACUCAGCUGAAAGAUUUGUCCUGGUUUGGUGCCAUUCUGCUUCUGCUAGCUUUCCUUCAAGUGAUUGGUGUCUUGGUUCUCUAUCGGUGGUUGUCCAAGAGAUGCUGGAGACGAAAUCCGAAAACGGGAAAAGAAAUCGAGGAAAAAGAAAUUGCAGAAGAAAAGAAUGUCCCAGCCAGAAAGACAGAAGAAACUACUCCAGCUGUAGAAUGUGAAACUGAAGUGAAGAAUGAACCGGAAGCUGCUGCUGCGAUUAGCAGAAGUCAUGUAUCAAGACAAUGUCCCAAUUCUGAAGAGAAAACGCAGGAAACAGAAAACUCAUCUCAUUUUGAAUUCUGGAAUAACGUAGGUAGCGACCAGAGCGGUGAUGAGAGCUCGUCUGUCGAGGCGCCAGCUCAGUCACUCCGUCGUCAGCACGCGGAUAACACCGAAAGGAACAUUAUCACGCCUCUUGAUUCUGAGGGGAAACGUCCUCCACGAAAGGAUACCCGCAAAGACAGCCGGAUGGCAACGCCUUCUUAUGGACCCUUAAAGAGGGAGAGCAUUAUCAAUGCUUGGUUGAACUGCUGAUAAUAGAGAUAGGCAAAGGAUGUCUUGCACUACAAGCAUUUUACUAAAGCAUAUGUAUAUAUAUAUACACA